CCUCAGUUCCUCACUUUAUGCUGACUGGAGCCUUGGGCCGGGAAGCAGCAACUGUGUGUGAGUGAGUAGUGCUGUAGAAUAACAUUUGUUUGGCUAAGGGAGAUGUUAACUUUAUUUAUAAAUUAGUAGGGUCUGGAAAUGUUCUUUAAAAGUGAUUUUGUUGUCUGAAUUAGGAUUAGUAUUUUUCAUGGUUGUUUACUGUUUAAUUAUUGCAGUGAGGUAUUAUUGUGUCUGUUGAUAUCAGUAAAUCUCAGUGUUAAUAUAGGGUAACACUACUGUAUAUUUCUAACUGUGAAACUUUGUGAUGACAGUUAUCAUUUUAUCAUUUUUAUGACGUUUAUGUUUACUGUAAAUGGUAAUGGUCAUUAAUUUGUUAUUCUAAAACAGCAGUUUUUUAGUAUUUCUUUUUUUUUUUGACAAUAGAGCAGGCAAAUAUGUAUAGGUUUUGAGUAUCAGUUGUGAAAUGUAGAUGUCUUUUGAUGGUUUAGAAUGCCUAUUUAGGUGUUUAGCACAUCUGAUUCUACGUAAAAGGAAAUAGGAAACCUCACACACAGUCAUGCUCCAGGUUUUGCUCCUUCUGGCAGCUCUUAUUGAGUGUCCACCCUGUCAGGCCCACAAUGUGGGCUCUGCCCCCCUCAUUAUUCAAUAUCAUGUCUGGGAAGAACAGCCCUCAGGGACAAAGGUGGGUCGCCUCCUGGAUGACCUACGUGAACGUGCGGAAACAGGAUCUCUGGAAAACUUCCAGGUUGUGCCGCACGGGCACGCUCUACCAGUCACGGUUGAUUCAAGGGAUGGUACCGUGUCAACACUACGCAGGCUGGACCGAGAAGAGCUAUGCUGGGAACAAGCAUUUUGUGAACUGUCCUUCAGUGUUCUCUACAGAAAGGGUGGUGCUAUGCAUUUCCUGUCAGUUCGUGUGGAGGUGAUGGACCAAAAUGACCACAGCCCAGUGUUUCCCAACCUAGUACAGGAGGUGGAGAUCUCUGAGAUGGCCUCGCUGAGAAUGCGCAUCCCUCUGGACCGUGCUGUAGAUCCAGAUGCGGGACCAAAUGGCCUGCAGACCUACUCCCUGUCCUCCAACGAACACUUUGCUUUGGAUGUCCGUACUUCAGGAGGGACUAAGCAGGCUGAGUUAGUGGUCAUCAAAGAACUGGACAGGGAGUUGCAGCCAUCUUUAGAACUGGUUCUAACAGCCUGGGACAAAGGAAACCCACCAAAAUCAGGCAGCACAAAAGUUAUAGUCACAAUUCUUGACUCCAACGACAAUAGCCCUGUCUUUGAGAAGGCCCCGGCAGUCAUUGAACUAGCUGAGGACACCGUUCGUGGAACGAUUGUCAUUAACCUCCGUGCUACAGACCCUGAUCAAGGUGCUAAUGGGGAAGUUGAGUACUCCCUUAGUAAACACGUCCCACCGGAUGUUCAAAGACUAUUCAGCAUCCAUCCCAAAACAGGUGCUUUGACUUUACAAGGCCCUUUAGAUUUUGAAGAAAAGCAUGUGUAUGAGGUAGACGUCCAAGCUCGAGAUCUGGGGCCCAAUGCAAUCCCAUCUCACCACAAGCUGCAGGUCAAAUUGCGAGAUGUCAACGAUAAUGCACCCCGCAUACAUAUAACAUGGACCCCACCAGAUUCCCCUGUUGCAACAAUCUCUGAAGGAGCACCAAAUGAAACUUUCCUUGCUCUUGUGAUGGUAUCUGAUGCCGAUUCUGGGGCAAAUGGGCAGGUACAAGUGCACAUUCUGAGUGGAUCUGGUUCCUUCAGACUCAAACAGAUCCAUGGAGACAAUUACAUGAUUGUAACCAAUGACACACUGGAUCGUGAAAGACAAAUGGAAUAUAAUCUUACUCUUCUCGCUCAGGACAGUGGUCAGCCUUCUCUAUCUUGUAUCAAGCAUCUGACCGUCCAUGUUUUGGAUGAAAAUGAUAACGCGCCAAUGUUUACCAAAGGCGUCUACCGGAGUGUCCUCAAAGAGAACAAUACACCUGGUUUUCAAUUCUUGAAUGUGGAGGCACGUGAUGUUGACCUAGACCUCAGUGGAAGGGUAUCUUUCUCCAUUAGAGAAUCAAAUGAACUGGGGACACCAACAGCAUUUUUCUCGGUCCACCCCAGCAGUGGGGCUGUUACUGUCCAACAAUCACUGGAUUAUGAGGAGUCCCACUCCUACUCUUUUAUUGUGGAAGCUGUAGAUCAAGGAUACCCACCAAUGACUAGUAGUGCAACAGUGCUGGUUGAGAUACAGGAUGUUAAUGACAAUUAUCCUGUAAUCCAUGAGCCACUACCCAAGAACGGAGUUGCAUUGCUAAGUGUCCCAGUGAAUGUGGACAAAGGGGAGAUUGUGACUCCACUUGGAGAUAAAGCUCUGGAGGAUAACAACUAUAAACCAAGAAAUGACUCUUCCUUCAACAAUCCUGAAGGUUUUCUGGCCACCACCAUUCGGGCCAGUGAUGGAGAUUCUGGUCUCAAUGGAAGACUCAGUUUUAGAAUAACAGAUGGCAAGCCUUCCAACUUAUUUUUUCUGGACAAAACUACUGGGCAGCUUUAUGUUAACACAACCAAUGGCACUGAAUUGAUCGGCAGAACUUUUAAACUGGGCAUUGCAGUAUCCGACAUGGGAACACCUAUGCUAACCACGAGAAUUACUUUGGAAGUGACAUUCAUCAACUUUCGUGACCACCUAAAGAACUUGUCUAAUGACAACCAGGCCCAGUACAGUUUUACAAUGCUCUUGGCCAUCUGCCUUGGAUCAACCUGCCUGGUGUUAUUUCUAGCCAUUGCUUUGGCCAAGACAUUCUGUCAUCCUGACAAACGGGACAACCGUGCUUAUAACUGUAGACAAGCUGAGUCAACCUACACCCGUCACCCACGACGGCCUCAGAAGCACAUUCGCAAGACUGACAUCCAGUUGGUACCAGUGCUUCGGGGUCGUAAAGAAGCGCCACAAGAAGAUGAAGCUGAGGCAUUGUCAUGUACAUCACCUUUAGUGGAAAAACCACAUCCGCAGGGCCAAUUUACCCUCACACCAACCCUUGCUCGCAUGGCUCAAAAUCAAGCUCAUGCAGAAAUGGAUGGGAACACACCAUUAACUCAAAGCAAGAUACUCAGAAAGCCUGGGAGCAUCGAGUGGAAUGGAACACUUCCUUAUAACCCAGGAACACCAUAUCGAACUCUGCAAAAGCCCAGAAAUUCUUCCUCCUCGUCUUUCGCAAACUCACAGACCAGCACACUCAGACGAAACAAAAAUGAGGAGGUCAAGCAAACUACCAUGGAGCCCUUAGAAACUAUGUCUUCAGUUCCCAGUAAUCAAGCCACAUUACGGAGACCAAAGACCACAGAAAGAAGAGGAAAGAUGGAUGAGUCAGACCACAGGCAGAUCCUGAGGAACCUUGUUCGACUCUCUAUGGCGGCCUUUGCAGAGAACGGAUCUAUUGAACUGUCCUCUGCCUCACCUGAAGUGCAACAGGUGUCUCAGCUCCUGUCUCUGUUGCAUCAGGGGCAACUCCAGCCUCGACCAAAUUUUCGUGGCAACAAAUAUUCCCACAGGACUGGCCGGUCAGGGGCUCAGGAUGCUGAUUGGCUGAGCACCAAAGACAGUGGUCAUGGUGAGAGUGAAAUGGGCGAUAUGGACUGGGACUCACCUGUGGAUCGCUUAUAUGAAGAAGGCCUCAACAAUCUGCUGACUUCUGAUGAUGUGUUCUCAGACAUUCCCGAUCCAGCAUGGAUGGCUCGUCUUUCUCUUCCUCUGACAACCGACUACCACGAAAACCUGUUUAUCCCAGAUGGGCCACCCUCCCCUGACAAUCACUGUCCCAUGGCUGGUCCUGAUGAGUCCACUUCUUUCUCUACCUUUGGUAAAACCCCAGAGAAGGCCCCGCUGGAUGGCAGAGCUCUGAUUUCGGAAGUGAGCUCCCUGUUUGAGAUGCUUUUGACACAGAAAGCCGAUGCCCAGUCACGUCCACCUGCUGACGUGCUCUACAGACUUUCAGCAGCUUAUAGACGCUCGCUCGGCUUAGACACUGCAAACGGAGGUGCUGCUCACACACGUCAACAAGGGCAAACUUCCUAUGCCAACCCUAUGCCAUAAAAGCAAAGAUUGUUUUAUUUCUGUUGAUUUUGGGUCCCAUUCCAGCCUCAGGAACACUAGAAUAACCCUUAAAACCCCAAAUAAACAGCCUAAACAUAUUAUAACAUCAUCUUUUUUCAAUCAGGUUUGUCUGGAACAGGCUAUGGCCAUAAUAACAAUAACUUUUUAUAAUUUUUUCUUAAAAUAAAAAAGACAAAACUUCAUAUUGGCGGUGCAUUAUAAGACUGACAAUAAGUCUGAUUUGUUCUUGAUAUAUCCUUUUGAAAGACGGUAAAUAAUUGAACUCUGUGAACUGGUGCAGUUCAUGCAGUGCAUAUUAGGAGAAAUGGGUCUUUCUCCUCUUUAGGAAGUAGUUGUUUAUAGUAGCUGCAAAAUAACUUCCAAACAAGUCUCUUCUCUGAGAGGAAACUGAGUAAACCCUCAGCCACAGUCAUUUACAACCUGCAGGAUUUUCUCUGCCACGGCGCCCACUGCUGGCUAUUUCGGUUAUUUUCUCCUAACGUUUGUAUAGUUUUUGUAUAGUUACAGGGCAUGUAAUAGGCAUAGAAUUUAGAAAUAAGCCUAACACUGUAUAUGCAAGACUUGGUAAUCGUAGGUAAGGACUACAAAGCACUGAUGACAAAAUUCAGUUAUGCUCUGAAUGUAACUUUUGUUUUUCUUUUUUUUUUUUUUGAACGCUGUAAGUUAUUGAUAUCAAACAAAGAUGUAUAUAUUUUUUUCAAUGUCAUUUCGUAUUUGUGUAGUGCUGUUUUUGUAUUCAGAAUUGACAUCAUUUUCAUUUUGUAAACUAAAUAAGUGAAAU